CUGAAAUAACAGCGUAGUCAAAAACUCUUUUUAGAGAUAAUCUAGUUGAAUCAACAAAUAAAAUCCGUGGCGUUACGAACAGGUGAAUCCUGUGUUUCAGUGUAAAUUGACGGUACCAACGGUGAGUCACUGAGGUAGAACCCUGACUCGUUUAGUGGUAACCCAAACACUUGUCAAAGACAGAUGGUACUAAACACUGACCAUUAUUUUGUAUCAAAAUGGAUUGAAAUAGUUUUAAAAAGUGUUUGAAACGAGUUUUUCACAGUUAUAUAUACUCUAUAUUUAGAUGCACCAUGGCGGAGUUUUUAGAAUACAACAUGCGCAACAGCGCAUUUAGCGUUGCGAAAGUGACUUUGCCGAAAUACAAGGAUCACAAAGAAAGAACCAACGACACUACAAACCAUCUCAAAUCAAUGAUAAACCAAUGCGAAGACGACGACUUGAAGAAUGACAUGAGAAAUUUAUCUAAUCAAACCCUACAAAAAUUUUUAUACGCCAGAAAAUUCGAUUUGGAAGAAAGUUAUUUAUUAUUGAAAAAUUACGUGUCUUACAAGAAACGCCAUCCGGAGAUUUUUCAAAAUAUGAAUAUAGCAGCAAUAGAUAUAAGAAAAUCUUUAGAAAACGGCCUGCCUGGAGUAUUAAGACAGAAAGAUAGGAAAGGAAGAUGCGUGCUUCUCUUCACAGCCAACAACUGGGACUGUAGCUACGGAUUAAAUAGUAUAUACAGGGCGUUUUUAUUAGUACUCGAACAUCUCACCGACCACAUUCACAAUCAAUCGAAUGGUUUUGUAGUUUUAGUAGAUUGGACGGAAUUUACGUUCAGACAAUCGACUUAUCUUAAGCCUUUCAUGUUGAAAUUGAUUAUUGAAGGGCUACAGGAUUGUUUCCCGGCUAGAUUCAAAGGUAUCCAUUUUAUAGCUCAGCCUUGGUACGUUGAAACGGCGCUGGCUUUCAUCAAACCUUUUUUACACGAAAAAGUGAAAGAAAGAAUUUUUGUACACGGUAAUAAUUUAAGUACUUUACACGAACACGUUCAUAAGGACGUUUUGCCGGCCGAAUUGGGCGGGGAAGAACCUAGUUAUGAUCCUAGAACGUUUUUAGAUAGUUUACACGAAAAAUUGGGAUAUGAGAAGGAUAUUGAUGGUACUAGUUGAAGUAUGAGGGUUAAGUGACUGAUGGUACACCAACUAUUAUUUAUACAAAUGUUUAAUAAAAUAGGUAUCUAUUGAAAAUUUUGAAAUAUACAAAGAAAAAAAAACACAAAUGUCAUUGAAAAUAUAAGAGAAGUUCUAAAAAGUUGGCCAAUUGAGAAAAAACCGGGCUUUGUUUGAUAACAAGUUUCUCACUUCCCCCUAACUGAAUUGAGGUAAGUUCUAUCCGAUAUCUAAUUUUCAAAAUUUAAUUAAGAUAAGUUUCAUUAUAUAUAUAUAAUCAUAACUUACCUUGUAUUAUAUCCGAAUACAUUAAACUUUUUACAAACAAAACUCUAAAACUAUCAAAUGACAUUACUCAAGUUAUAUUCAAAUUCUUCUUUUUUAUUAUUUUGAUCAUAGCUGAAUAUAGUCGAAAGUCAAAUUUAUUUAGUUAACAGUUCAAUUAACGCCCUAUAUGAUAGAUUAUAACUUGAAUUAUAAAUGAAAACUACCUAUUUUUUAAUAAGAAAUUACUGAAUCAUAAAAAAUUGGUGUAAUGUAAUACUUUGUUUUUUCAACGUGGUCUAAAAACUACAACGUGAGAUUUGGCAACUACGAACAAAGCUGUUUGGUUGUUUUGUGGGUUGCAUAGCAUAAAGCAAACUAUUGAAUUAGAAACUUUUCAUAUUAUUGCAAUGAUAGAUUUAAUGAAUUAUUUAAAAAAAUAGUUUAUGACCCUUGUAUUUUUUGCCCUUUAUCUUACGUUAAUUGUGAUUAUAAAAACAUAAUACAUUUUUUUGUUAAUACAAAUGAAAUUAUACUGGUGUAUAUGUUUUCGAAUGAAUAAUAAAUGGUGUACCAUUGCUCACCAAACUUAGUUUCGAUUUAGUAUUAUGUUUACCAAAGAUAAUUUUGGUUAAAUUGACUGAGAUAUAACCUUUUUUCUAUUGAAUCUUUUGCACGAAUAUGACGAUGUAAAAAAACCAUCAUAAAUCGACUGUAUUUUGAUUUGCAUUUUACAUUUCGCUGAUGUUUGAUAUUUAGAUGAACUGGCACUAGUAAGUAAUCAUGGUUUUUCACGGAUUAUUGGUUAAAAUAAGCACCGUAAUUAUUAAAAUUUCUAAUUCAAAGUAAAAGCCGAAUACUAUAAUUUAGUAAUAUAUUGCAAUAAAUAGUACUUACAGUAUGAACAGGAAAAAUUAAUCAUACGAUACGAAUGUCUUCUUGGCGGUAACUCAGCUUUCUUAACACACUUCACGUUAAACAUUUUUUAUUGAAUCCUUUUAGAUUAUAUAUUAAUAGAACCAACUUAUACUUAGUUAUAAAAUCAACUCUCGACACAUUCUAAUUUGUAUUUCUUCUUUACUUAUUGUUCACUUGUUUUUAUGGCGCCAAUUUCACAACGUCGUCAUGACAACAACUUCUGAUCCAAUUGGUCAAUAAGAAUCAUUAUGGUGAAUAUAGAUUAUAAUGGUGCCGAUGCCAUACGAGCGCAGGAUUGGUUCAAGUAAAAAGUAAAAGAAAAAAUAAUAAAACUAUAGACAAUUUCUAUAGUUAUAUUGUUAUUUUACAAUUAGUACUUUUAACUUUGAAAUUUUCAUAGUUUAAGUCGAGUUAUGACUGUUGUACUCUGUUGCCAAGUCGCCAUCUUGUAUAAUUUCCGCUAAUAUUCUUACAUAGCUGUAUUGAAUAUUCUAGUAACCUUAUACGUAAAAAAUAUUGCGAAAUUCUUACCGUUUUGUAUUUUAAUAAUAAUAGGACGACUGAGGGACGAAAACAAGUGAUACGUGAUGCUGGACUUUUAGAAAAAAUGAUAUUUUAUUAUGUGCUAUAAGGAUUUUUCAUUAUAUGUAUAUAUUAAUUAAAAAAAAUCGUUCAAUAUUUAUUAUAAAAUUACGAUGCGUGACAAAACCUUGUUCUUUAGUAGAAACGCAUGUACGGGGUGUUUCUUUGGUACUUUAUACAGCUAAAAUCCUCAAUAAUAGCUUAACAUGAAUCUAAAAGUAUCACUCUGUAUUAUUUAUUGGAAAAUUUUAUUUAUAGUCGAUAUAAUAAAUAAAUAUUUCUAUGUGAAAUUUUUAAUAAAGACUUUUUUUAUUUAAGGCUAA